UGCUGAUAGAUAUUUACUAACCAUCAUUGCAUAACCAUUUAAUACCAUUUUACAUUUUGCUCCAAUUUUGCAGCACGGGUUCUAGAAACAGAAGACAGGACCUGUUGAUACAGUACAUUACUAAGGCUGCAUAUUACGUGCGCAGAUCGACAGCAGGGAUACGUGCUGCUUUCUAUUUAGAGGGCACGCUGAGUCAGACAAAAUUCCCUUACUUGGAAUAACGCAAAGUUCACUGCGGAUUGGAAAGCGUUCGUAAAAUUAUUCAAAUAAUUAAAAACGCAGCUGUAAUGGAUACCCGGUUAGAAGAAGCGGGACAAAUUCAAUCUGAGCCGCCACUGACUGUUUUAGCGGAUGAAUCGAUCGGAAUGGAAGUAACUGAUAAAGACGACGAAGUUGAGGAGAUUGCCAACAGUUUGAAAGAAAUUGUCCAUGACCAAGAUCUAAAGCCCAAACUUCAGUGUAUCAUGGUGGAUCCCUCUUUCUCUAUGGUGACAGUCCAAAGUGAAGACAGCGCAAUUGUGUGGGAGGCCAUCUCCACUGGUGACAGAUGCACAUCGCCAGUAGCCAGCACCACCUCAGAAGGUUAUUGCAUGGAGAGUUGUGGGGCACCAGGUCAAGUCAUUUUUGUCAUGGAUGAGGACAAGAUGAGGAGAAAAAUGUCAAGCAGCAAAAGCAAGCCUAGUGAAAAAUCAAGCAGACCUGUAACCGCACCUAGUGAAAAUGUCGCACCAGAAAGACCAGCGAUGAUAGAGUUUUCUAUGCCCAACAUAAAGCCUGAAAAUACAGAUGAAUAUUACAGGUUAACAGACCCAAACAAGGACAGAGAUCAGGCAUUGUUUAGUAUUAUUUCUGAUGGCUCUGAGAUUCUAAACAUUUUGGUUCCAUCAAAACUUUCAACAGUGGAUGAAGAAGAAAGUCUUGUGAUGGCUGAUAAUCUGUUUUAUUUAGAGGACAGUCCCAAGAUCAAAGCAAAGCAGAUGAUUGAAGAAACUCUGGAACCAUAUUUUGAGUUCUCGGGUGAAUCUAACUUACAGAACCAUGAGGAUAACACAAAACAUGACGAAAAAAAACAUUUGCAAGAUCCAACAGUGGAUUACCUGCAUUCUCCAGGUUCUCAUGGUAAACAAAUGAUAAAGGCUACAACCAGUGGCGUUGAUUAUUUUGAGAAAUUUACCCUGAUGGAUGAGUGUAAUCCAGGCGAAUUCCUGUCUGGCACAGAGGAGUACAUUUGUUCAAAACCGAGUGAACAAGAAGAAAUACCUGAAUGUGCUCCAGAAGGGCGAUUAGCCCACUUUGCAGCUUCCAGUGACAUUGCAAUUGCAAGUGAGUAUAUAGAUGACAUAUUUUAUGGAAGUACUUCACUAGAUGAAAGCUAUGUGAUGAAUAUGCAAGAAGAAGAAAAUGAAGCAGAAGCGCAUGAGCAGCCAAAAUCCCCACUUAAGGAAAGUGGUUCUGAUUUGUUUGGUAGUGAGGAGACGUCCCUCUCUCCAAUUUUUCUAUCACCUGGGCCACCAAAAAUCAUCGACCCCAUUCUUCUCGAGGAGCCAGCAGCAAUGUCGUUCUUUUACUCUGAUCUUUAUGCAGAAGCAGUGGGAAAUAGGAAGAAUGAAGAUUCAGAGUGUUCAGAGGUGGAGAGCGUUUCCUCUGAUUCCUUGCAGAGAAGGUUAUCAGAUGCAAGUGAUAUUUGUGGAUAUUUUGAGAAAUUUAUUUUAAUAGAUGAAACCCCUGUGGUCGAAGGUGAACGUGUGACAGAUAUUUACAGAGGGGAUGGAUUUGACAUUGGUGCUCUGAUAAGUGUACAAGCAACUGAAAAGGAUAAAUUGUGUGGACUGAUAUCAGUGUUAAAAGGAGGAUCAGAAAGCACUGAGGUCUCUGUAUCUGACCUGGAGUUGGUACAUGGUGCAGUAGAGAAGUACUGUGCACACCUCAAACAGUCUGCUGACAAGCAGAACGAAGAGACGGGGAAGAAAAUAAUGGAUCUUUACAAACAGAUGACUGAAUGCAUGGAUGAAAAUAAGACUUUCAAGCUGGAAAUGGUACAGAGUCAGAUUGGCACUAUCAAAGAAAGCAUGACAUCAGCAAGGGAAGCUUUGGAGAUGGAGCUGAUGAAGAUGGAGGAGGCUGUUCAAACAGCCAAAGCUCCUAAAUUGGCAAAAGGUAAUUGAAAUGGGUGUUAAGAGGAUCAUUCUGCUUCUACACCGGUCAUAUGAAAAGACAUGGGACACCUGCGGAUACCAGAGAGACUGAGUGGUUUGAGGAGAAUGAUGUGUGACACCGUGACCAUCCCUGUCACCAGAUCUCAAGCCAGGGUUGAGAGAUUUUGGGGGAACAGCUGGGGAAAUGUGUUCUUCUACUGUCAACCAAGCAACACAGAAUGGAAUUUCUCAUGGAGCAAACCUGAGUCCCCCAGCGCAUGUAAGGCGGUUGCUCCGUAGAGGUAGAGGAGGUCAAACCUCCUCUUUUUUGAGAUUAAAUUAUGAAACAAGUAACUCUGAAAUAACUAAAAUGUUAUUGUAAUUUAAAAAGCUCAUUAAGAACAUAAUUCACCAUUGCAGUAUUGUUAGCCACCAGCUGCCACUGAUGCUGACGAUCAUUGUAGCUGGGGGCUUUUUGCUGGCCCAGCAACGUGUUAAAAUUUGAUGUUUGUGCUUUAAUUUGACAGUUAUGUCCACAUUUUAUAUGCAUACCGCAUGUAGCAAGUAAAGAUAAACAAAACAUUCAAAAUCUGGUGGUGGCCCGAAAGAAAUUGGAACAUAAUUGAACUGGUCUGGGUUGGGGGCCCAGUUUGAUAUGCUUCCCUGGCACACCUAUGAUACAGUAUUUGUGUGUGAUGGUAUAAUUUACACUGUUGUGCAAUUUGUACCCGCCUUCUCAAUUGGAAAGUUUGGUUUGGAUUAGGGCUGCACGAUAUCUGUAAAAUUCCAAAUGUGGCAAUGUGAUUUUUUUGGGGAUAAAUAUUGCAUUAUUUAUAAACCAAAAAUAAACUACAGCCUAAUAGUCUGUCAAAGAAGUCGGUGGUGUUGCCGCGACUUGUGCCGACACAAAGCAGUACUGAUAAAUCACUUGCUUUUGUUCAAUAUCAUCUCUGUGGAAUGCAAAAUAUUUCCAUACAGUGGAAGUCGAAUGUGUUUUGGUGACCAGUUCUUGUUUGCUCAUAUUUGUUUACUUUCCCACAAACGCACAACACUGUCUCUGAGUGAGUCAAACAGCAAGGAUGAAAAUUAUUAUGAUUGGCUCGUGCAAAAGUAGCAGCGGUAAACUUUACAAUUUUAAACAUAUAAUAGAUAAUCUUGAAAAAGAACAAUAAUUUGAAUGGCAAAACUUGCUAAGUUUAGCUUUCUGUGACAAAAUAACCGAAAAAAUACCAUAUACCAGCCUACAUUGUCUGGACUGUAUGAAAAAUUAGAUACUGCCCAAACCUGAUCUCAACCCAACUGACUAUCGUGGUCCUUACAAUGUGACAAUAAUAAUAAUUAGAACAAUAAUACACAAGAAAACUUUGCAUUACAGAGCCUCUAGAACAGGGGUCUCCAACUCCGGUCCUGGAGAGCUACUAUCCAGUAGGUUUUCUGUCCCACCUGGCUUCUGA